AUCAUACAGUCGACCACCAAUCCUCAACCAUGCUACACCGCAGAACAAAAUAAUAAUAUCAAUUAUUAUUGCCGUUAAUAAUAACAUUUACUAUUAAUAAUAGUAAUAAGCAGUGAGAGUAUUAUAUGAAAGUGUUAUUAACAAAUAAGAAUAAUGGAUUUCAGAAUAUUGUUUGUUUUGAUUGCGACAAUAACAACAGCAAAAAGUUUAACCACCGGUCUAAGACUCCUUUUUCCACAAGAGCAUAGAGAAUACAUAUUUGUUUUAAAAAGUAACGUUUCCACUGGAACUUGGAAUCCUCGGAAAAGCGCCACCUAUUGGCAGUUGGAAGGAAACUUGCAUAUACAAGUGUAUGAUAACUUUACUAAGGCUCGAUUGAGUUUGAGUGAUCUUGAGAAAACAGUUUGCUGUAUCAAUAACGAUGCUGUUCGUGAUUUGGAGACAUCUGAUGACAAACACUUGAGAGAACCAUGGGAACUGGAGUAUCAGGAUAACGGCUACAUUCAGUCUAUCUACGUGGGCCGGGAGCCUGCCUGGUCGGUGAACCUGAAGAGAGCCAUAUCUAUCAACUUUCAGCUCACUAAGAAUAGUGGCACUUAUUCUGUUAAUGAGCCAUGCCUCGACGACAUCUGCGCCAUGAUCUACCUGUCCAAGGGGAACCUGAUCAAGAAGUACACGAGCCUCAAGGUGCCGACCGCCAGGAGUCGGAACAGCUGGGCUUCAGUGCCCUGGUCUUCGGCUUAUAAUGGCAUUGCUGUGAUAGAUUCAGUAUCAUCAGCCGAGAGAACAUACGAGCUAGAUGACCACAAAGGGCUGAUAUCAAUAGAAUUACGAGGCAGUUACCAGUAUAAGACCCACGAUCAUAUACUAGCUGUGAAUACUGACUUAUCCCUUUCCUACGAUCACGACAAGCCAGCCCCAAGCGUGGAGAAGAUGAACCUUUGUCAGACUACCAUACAGUAUGUAGCCAGUGACUUUCGAGAUCCUUCUAAUGGUAUCAGAAACCUUACUCAGGGUUACUUGAAGAAUAGUACUUAUGAGAUACUUUUAAAAAUAGCGAGAAAAGGUAUCGACGCCGAUAACAUAGUGAGGAAUGCAUCGCUUAUACAUAGCUUGGAUUUCAUCGAUCUUUUGAACACAAUAUCAAGACUAAACUACGAGACUCUGAUACGUCUAUUCGACGACCUGGUCCUAGGCACGAGCUAUGAGCUGGAGACAGCUCGGAACAUAUUCAUAGAAGUGCUACCACACGCCAGGAGUGACGCUAGUGUGAGGUUCAUCAAGUACCUGGUCUUGGAGGAGAAGGAAAAAGUUGAAGACGCCGCCCUCCUCUCUCUCAUCAGGAAGCUGCCCUUCAACGUAGCAGCUCCCCACCAGGCACUCCUCGAAGAGAUGGAAGUCCUCUCCAAGCUUGGCCUGGACUUUCCACCUGACAUCCGUCACGCUGGGAUCCUGAGCUUCGCUACACUGCUUCAUAAGACCAUGGAGACUUCGCAAGUUAAGCAGGAUUAUUUUGAUAAUAUCGUUGUCAAGUAUUUUAGGAUGUAUAGUGAUUGCCCCCAAUACCUAGACCGCAUGAUUUGGCUGCAAGGUCUGUGCAACAUUGGAUACUCAGCCGAGUCUUACACGAGGAUCAUUCACGCUGACACUACGAGAGACAAGCAUGAGAGACUCUGGGCUGCUCUAGCUGGGAGCCCGAAGACUGAGGAUCCUUAUACGAUACUAGAAACAACAAUACCAAUAAUAACCAACGAGACAGAAAGCAUACAGCUUAGAAUUAUAGCGCUCCACACUUUUCUAAGCUCAUCGAAUGUUCGAGAAUCGGACUUUAUGUUCGUUCACAAUUAUAUUCGAAGUUGUAAUAACAGUCAGCUGAAACGGUUCUGGUUUGCUACCAUGAAGAAUUUGGAGGCUAAUAAGCAUUUUUCUGGGUAUAAAGUUACCUCAUUCUACGUUCCCUUCGUGGUCAACCAGGUAUCGAACCCAGACCCUCUCUACUGGGCUACCAACAACUACAUCAUCAGCGCCCAGGAGGAGGACAGUACAGCAUCACUGCAAGUCUUCAGCGUCGGAGACUCUGAAGGUGUCCUGCCGAAUUUUGUGGGAGCUAAGCUUAGUACUGGUGGGAGAAGACCUUUUAAAGCUGAUAUUUACGUAGUAAUGCAAGGAGUAGCGACGAGCCUGUUCAAGAAACUAGACUACUAUCAUGACAAUGGUCUGAAGGUGGAAGACCUGAUCCAAAUCCUCAAGAAGAUGAAGGCAUGGGGGGUUAAAGUACCUGAAAAGGUCCACAUAGACGUUGUAAUCAAGAUCCACGACAAGACAGUUUUUGCGACACACAUGAACCAGUCGCGAUUUGAGAGUGGCAGCGGUGAAGAUUUGGCAUACAUAGAAGAUUUUCUCCGUUUCGGAAGCCAUAUAAACCAGCAAAUAGUGUACUACCCCUUUCAAACGGACGUCAAUCUAGCCAGCGAGAUGGGAACACCUAUUCGAUUGCAAUCCACGAUUUUGUCUUUUACCUCCAUAAGAGGAAACCUGACUGCACCCACUUCUCAAGAUCAGACGUGGAAGAAUGAUCUGCAUAUCAGAUAUCAAGGAACAUCAGUAACCACUCUAUCUACUGACGGACCACUAGUACAGUCACUACACUCAGCAAGGAUCCAACAGUCUUUAGUAGCUCAUCUACCAAUGAAGUUCAACGUCUCCUUCUCAAAUCCAGACCAGUCGUUGGAAUUGACCUGGCCAAACCCUGGAGCUCAACAAGGGGGCGUGGCGAUGCACUCACGCGCACAAAUUGCUGUAGAGACAUCUGCAUUGAAGUCUACCUCCACGGUUACUGCGGGAGAUAAUAGUUUAGCUAAUCUCGACAACAAGAGUGUUUUCUUCGACUGCGAGCGCCCAAUGACAGGAGCUGAAGUUUUAGACAAGCUUUUUACAUCACAAAAUAAUCAUUAUGACUUCCUAACCUCAAUCCAGCCAUCCCUCAUAAUCCUAAACAGCAUACUCCUGUUCACCUCCCCCCCCUCAGGGUCCUGCGGCCUCAUCCUCCCUCCACAGCAUCUGAUGAAGACGGAGAACGAUGUGCUGAGGCUGAAGGUCCAGGUUAACAAGAUGAACGUCAAUGAGGAUACCACCAAGUUUGAUCUGUCUAUGCUGUUGAAUUAUUUCAGCCGAGAAGAACCAAGGAAGGUAUUCUUCGAAAUGGAGGCGGUCACCAAGAUCGAGACUACUGGAGGUAACGCGAACCUUCAACUCACCAUCCAUGGUCUUCAGCCGAGCGCUGAUAAUGUCACCAGGAAGGAAUGGACGAUAUGCCUCCGAGAACAAGACAUCAGCCACGCAGCCUCAGACCAGGACAUUUCCAUUCACCCAGCCUCUUACGAAGGUCACCUGACCUUGACCUACUCUGGUAACAAGAGCGACUGUUUCGAGUCCGGCCCUGCUUCGGAAUUGACCUUGAAAUAUAAGGGGGUGCCACAGAAUCUGUAUGGAAAGUUAGAGAGGUACUUUGAGGUCAAGAUUUUUGGUAGUAAUCUAUCAGAAAUGGGUAUCCUGGAAUCAGACAUCGUGACACAAACAGCUUUGGGUCAACUGCUGAGGAGUUACAGUAAAGAACCGUUGAAUGUCACUGCUGUUAUCAAGGAACGUAACGGCCUGGCAUCAGUGAGCGUGAACAAAGGUGCUGACAUGCAGUUCAAAUCUGACAACUUCGCCUGGCUACUGGAUAGCUGGACUGAUAUGCAAAUUAUGAAGACUCUUGGGUUGUACCGUGAAUGUCGCGUCCAAGAGAAUUUAGUGCACCUGUUGUUUGGUGGGGAAGAGCACGUCAUGUCUUCCGACUGCCACGAGAACGUCGUACUAGCUGACUGCACUGAGAGACCUAAGUUUGCAGUAAUUCGAGAAAGAGGCGGUGUGAAAGUAUAUACAGGAGGUUUCUACGUGUUAAUAACUUCAGAGGAAGAUCAGAAACCUACUGUAGACUCCAGUCACGGUGGUAAUCAUUUCUGGAUCUCCCGCAUCAGAAACACAGUGAAGAUAGUGUCCCGACUCACUGACCUACAAGUGUACUUCAACAAGGAUGAACUAGUAGUACUAGUACCACACGUAUACUUAGACACUGUUUGUGGUUUAUGCACGAACAUACAUACGUAUAAUGUUUGCUAGUUUUUCUUUAGGUAU